AUGGGUUCUUCAGCCGCCUCGGUUUCCCUCACCCCAGAUCUACCGGACGAUGUAGAUUCGCCUCCUCCUCAUUCGCCGCUGCGUCUCUCUUCCUCUUCCAUUCCUCUAGCGGUUCCGUCGUCCGAUGUGCCGUCGUAUGCUCAGCGUUUCAAGAACUCUUUAAGGAAUCUCAGAAAGAUCUCUUCUCCUGUUAGCAAGAUAGACGGCUUCCCUGUGGUUCUGGCCCCCUCCUCAGUUGUCCUUCAGGCCUCCGAAACCUGGAAGGAUUAUAUCAUAGCUCACUUCCAUGGUCGUUGCCCCGCUCCGUCCAGGAUCUACAACAACCUCAACCCUGUUUGGGGGAAGCACGGGAAUAUUACUAUUCACGCUCUCUCCCAGAUGGCCUGCUUAAUCCUUAUCCCUUCGGAAGCUACUCGUCACUGGGUCCUUGAUGUUGGUUAUUGGCAGGUGGACAACUGCGCCUUGACAGCCGUUCCUUGGUCUCAGGAUGCCUCUCUCGAGUUGCAAGAGCUUGUUUCUGCUCCGACUUGGGCUGUUCUCAAAAACGUUCCGCCGCAACUCUACUCUCUAGAUGGAAUCAGUGUCAUCGAGAGCGGUAUUGGUGAACCCUUGCAUACAGAGCACUCAAAGCUCCCGCCUUUCCACUUUGGUGAUACUAAAGUGAAGGUGGAGAUCAGGCUACAAUCUCUUCCUCCUCUAGCGGUUAUUGUCCGGGACUCCGUUGGUUAUCAGGUUCAAGUGAAUGUUGAGUACCCUCGGUUGCCUCCGAAAUGCUGCAACUGUGGAAAAUUUGGCCAUAUGCUCAAGUACUGUACCAUCCCGAUUCAGAGGAAGAAUUUCAGCAAGAAUAUGGCUCUUCCAAGAGUCUCUAAAGGUGUCGCUCAUGUGGAUAUAGCUGAUAAAGACUUGGAGCCACGGAAGUGUCAAGCUCAGUCUUGGAGGUUGCUCCUGUUUCGGCGUCAGAGUCGGAGGGGGGAAAAAGAGGAUAGAGUGUCUUUGAGUGAUUUCCCGCUGCCUCCCUCCUCUCAACCUGUUACGGAGGGUAAACCGAAUGUAGCUAAGGUGGCUCCUCGUAUCAAGGGUUUCCCACCCUUUUCCGGCAAGCCAUCUCUCCGGUUCCUGUCUCAUCGCCUGGAUAAGUCUAAGAAACUUCGUCUUCCGCUUUGCUAUGUCCCCAAGCUUGCUGAACGCGAACCAGUUCCUACUUCCGGUAAUCAGACUCCGCCAAUAUCUCAAAGCGCCUCUCCUCCUCGUAUCGGUUGUCUCCUGGAGACAAAAGUUUUGGAAGAAAACUCACUAAGAAUAAAGGAAGCCUCCUUUCCUGGUUGGAGGUGGGAAAACAACUACUCUUACGCUGCAAUUGGAAGGAUCUGGGUGGUUUGGGACCCUGCAAUUUCAGUGGUGGUAUAUAAGAAGUCGGCACAAUUCAUUUUAUGUGGUGUGUGUGAUCCUUCUACUAGGAUCACUCUGUCAGUGGCGUUUGUCUAUGGAUUUAAUACCGAGGUUCAAAGGAAGGACCUGUGGAGGGAACUCUCGGAGCUUAACUCUUCUACUACCCUGUCUAUUUCUGCUUGGCUGGUGAUUGGUGAUUUUAACCAAAUUCUUAAUGUGGGGGAGCAUUACUCUAUUCAAGCGUUUGAUUCUCCAAUCAGAGGUAUGGACGACCUCCGCUCGUUUCUGCAUCUUAAUGAUCUUUCGGACUUAAGCAGCAGAGGAGCCUACUAUACGUGGACCAACUGUAGACCCGAGGACCCUAUUUUGAGGAAGCUGGACAGAGCAGUGGUUAAUUCAGCUUGGAGAUCUCAGUUCCCCGAUUCCUUGGCUACUUUCGACCCCCCGGGGGAUUCUGAUCACUCUCCAUGUUUGAUCACCUUAUCUCCAGUUGCACACUCAGGGAGGAAAAGCUUCAAAUACUUCUCUUUUGUAUCUACACAUUCAAACUUCUUACCUAGUCUUCGGUCAGCGUGGGGGGAAUCGGUGGGGACAGGUUCAAUCUUUUUCACUCUCGGUCAAAGACUCAAGAAAGCCAAAGAAUGCUGUAAAAAGAUUAAUAGGGAAGGGUUUGGGAACAUCCAACAGAGAACUAAAACUGCGUUGGAGGAUUUGGAGAGGAUCCAAGCUGAGCUUCUCACUGCUCCUUCUGAAGCCCUAGCGGUUGAAGAAUCAGCAGCGAGGGAUAUUUGGUCUUUCUUUGCUUCUGCUCAAGAGAGUUUCUUUAAACUCAAGUCAAGAAUUCGUUGGUUAAGAGAAGGAGACUCCAAUACCAGGGACUCUUCUGGUUUGAGAAUCUACAACCAGCAGCAGAUAAAGGGCAUGACACUGGCUUAUUUUAAGCAAUUGCUAGGAUCGGAAAGAAAUAAAAAAGCCUUCUUCUCAAUGCCCAAGUGUAAAGCGCCGGGUCCCGAUGGGUUUCCUGCUGAGUUUUUCCUCGAUGCUUGGGAGGUGGUGGGAGAGGACUCUAUUAAGGCAAUCAAGGAAUUCUUUACAGCUGGAAGGAUGCUACGUAAGUUCAAUGCUACUACUGUGGCCCUUUUACCCAAGAUCACAGGUGCUGAUGAGUUGUCUAAGUUCAGACCAGUUUCUUGCUGUUCAACGGUUUACAAAGUGAUAGCGAGGCUAUUGAAGCAGCGUCUGCAGCUGUUUGUUUCUGAGGCAGUCCAGUUGAAUCAGGUAGGCUUUAUUAAAGGCCGGCUUCUGUGUGAAAAUGUCCUCCUUGCGUCCGAGUUGGUUACCGGGUUUCACAAGCGAGGCCCUACUACUAGAGGUUGUCUUCAAAUCGAUCUGGUCAAAUCUUAUGACAACAUCAACUGGGAAUUCAUGCUCAAUAUCCUGAUCGCUUUUGGACUACCAGAGGCGUUUGUAAACUGGAUUAAAGACAGUAUCACUACACCUUCUUUCAGUAUUGCAUUCAACGGUGAGCUCCUUGAUUGUUUCCCGGGGAAGAAGGGCCUAAGGCAAGGAGAUCCUAUCUCUUCACUAUUAUUUGUCCUAGCGAUGGAUAUAUUGUCGAAGCUGUUGGAUAAAGGAGCCAUAAAUAACGCCUUUGGUGUCCACCCGCUUGGAAAUGCCCCUCUCAUUACUCACAUUAGCUUUGCAGUUGAUGUGCUUAUCUUCUUUGAUGGCACAGACAGUUCUCUUCAGGGGAUUCUAUCUAUUCUGGAAGUGUUCAACAAGGGAUCGGGGUUAGGUAUUAACAAGGCCAAGAUUGCGGUUUUCUUUGAUGGUGGCGACCUCUCAAGGAACAGAGCUUCUGCGACCUCCCAUGGUAUCUCGCAAGGCUCUUUUCCUAUUCGCUACCUUGGAGUUCCCUUGACAACCAAGAAGCUGCGAAAACAGGACUAUCAACCGUUGUUGGAUAAAAUUCAUGCCAGGUUCUCUUCUUGGACUGUUAAACACCUCUCUUUUGCCGGUCGACUGCAACUCCUAAAGUCAGUGAUAUAUUCUACCAUAUCCUUUUGGGCAUCUAUUUUCCUUCUCCCCAACAGAUGCCUCAAGGCUUUGGAGCAAAUGUGUAAUGCUUUCUUAUGGAAUGGGGUUCCUUCGGGGGCUAGAGGUGUCAAAGUUGCUUGGGAUACUGUAUGCUCCUCAACUAGAGCAGGUGGUCUUGGACUCAGGUGCCUGGGUAAUUGGAAUAAAAUUAUGGGUCUCAAGCUUAUUUGGCUCUUGUUUACCUCCUCGGGCUCGUUGUGGGUCUCUUGGACUCGUCUCAACCUGAUUGGCUCGGAGAACUUUUGGAAUAUUGAUGCUUCUCACUCGGGAAGCUGGAUAUGGAAGUCUCUCUGCAAGCUUAGAUCUUUGGCUCGCCUUUUUGUUGUCUGUGAGAUUGGUUCCGGUAUCACAGCAAACUUUUGGCAUGAAAACUGGACAUCAUUGGGUCCUCUAAUUCAUCUCACGGGAGAGUCAGGUCCAAGACUUACAUGCCUUCCCAAAACAGCAGUCGUCCGUGACGCUCUUGUUGGAAAUCGGUGGUGGGUAAGCUCUUCUAGAUCAAGAAACCCUACAAUCUGUCUUCUUAAGAACUGUCUGCCCGAUCAUCAUGACAUUGUUUCUUCAGAAGCCGAUGACUCCUUUCUCUGGAAAGUAGGCGACAGACCCCCAGUUGCAGGUUUCUCUUCAUCUCUCAUGUGGCAUCAUCUGUAUGACCAGGACCCUGAGGUGAACUGGCAUAAAACUAUCUGGUUCAAGGGAAGGAUUCCGAAGCAUGCGUUCAUAUCAUGGCUAAUAGCUCUUGACAGACUCACCACCAGGGACAUGAUGAGGCAAUGGGGCGUCUUAGUCUCACCUGUGUGCCCUUUGUGUGGAGUCGCGGAUGAAUCUCGUCAGCAUAUAUUCUUCGACUGCGGAUACAGUAGAGAGGUUUGGCACUCCUUCUCCUCUGCCCUUCAGUUAUCUCCUCUUCCAUUGAUCAUGGAUCUGCUUAGUUGGUUAAGAAGUCCGACUCGGGAUAGCAAUGUCAACACCAUUUUGAGGCUUGCUUUCCAAGCUUCUGCUUACUUUGUUUGGAGAGAAAGAAACUCCAGAAUUCACACUCAGGUUUCUCGUUCGCCGGCAUCCCUGAUACUGGAAAUCAAGCAACUGCUCCGGAUAAAAAUGGACAUCCUCUCCAGAGAGCAAAGGAACCUGCCCUCCACGCCACAUUCUCAACUAUCCCCUCGAAAGUGGUCCAGCGCCCCAACGGAAGGGAUGUUAAAUCCGUUGUGACCAAGGCUCGAACCCGGGUGGCGGGCAGUACAGCUGUACCUCCUUUACCAUCAAGCUACGAGCCCUUGGUUAAAAUCUCUUUCGAUGUGGUUAAAAUCUCGUUCUAAUAUCAAAAUUAUUUUUCUGAAAUUUGUUUUUAUGAAAUCACAUUAUAUACAAAUAUAUAUUUUUCAUCUAAGAAACAUUAGAUAUAAAACAAGUAUUUAAUUACUUCAAAAGUAUAUUUUAUGUUAUUUAAGAAUAUUUUAAAAUAGAAUAUUACUAUAUUGUGAAAUUUCCUUUUUAA